AUGCCAUCUUUCAACCAGAGCGUUUUCUAUCCUGAAAUGUUCUUCCUCACCGGCAUCCCUGGUCUUGAAACCUCCCACGCCUGGAUCUCCAUGCCAUUCUGUUGUCUCUAUGCCGUUGCCAUCUCUGGGAAUAGCAUGAUCCUGUUUGUCAUCAUCAAUGAGUCAAGCCUCCAUGAACCCAUGUACUAUUUCCUCUCCAUGCUUUCUUUUACAGACUUAGGUCUAUGCCUUUCCACACUGGUCACCAUGCUGGAUAUUUUCUGGUUCAACUUUAGAGCAAUCAACUUUGAUGCCUGCAUCGGCCAAAUGUUCUUUAUCCAUGGCUUUACAUUCAUGGAGUCCUCAGUCCUCCUGGUGAUGGCCUUUGACCGCUUCCUUGCCAUCUGUAACCCACUGAGAUAUGCCCUGAUCCUAACCAAUUCACGGAUCAUCAAAGUAGGCUUUGCAAUUGUCAUCAGGGGGACCACAGCUCUAGUGCCUUUACUCCUGCUCCUUAAACGCCUGUCAUUUUGCCACAGUCAUGUGCUGCACCAUUCCUACUGCUUCCACCCUGAUGUGAUGAAGCUUUCAUGCACAGAUACCAAGAUCAACAGUGCAUUUGGCUUGGCUAUUGUCAUAUCUACUGCUGGCUUGGACUCUGUCUUGAUUCUCCUUUCUUAUGUUCUGAUUAUUCACUCUGUGCUCUGCAUUGCAUCCAAGGAGGAGCGGAAAAAGGCUUUUGGUACCUGUAUCUCUCACCUUAGUGCAGUUGCCAUCUUCUAUAUCCCCAUGAUCAGCUUGUCACUGGUGCACAGAUUUGGGAAGCAUGCCCCUCCCUUUGUGCACACUCUCAUUGCCAACGUUUAUCUGCUCAUUCCUCCUGUAAUGAAUCCUAUAAUCUACAGUGUGAAGACUAAGCAAAUUCGGAAGGCUGUGCACAAGGUGUUCCUUUCUAAGCUAUUUUAG